AUGGAAAACCGCGAUAAGGUUUUAAUGGACCGAAAGGAUCGGUUAUUAGCGAAAUUAGAACAAAGAAACGAAGAACGCAAGGGGCUCAACGAGGAGGGGUCAUCGAAAUCUGAUGGAGAACAAAUCGAAGAAUUGAUGGCUGAAAUCAAGAAAGACCUAGAUUUGAAGAAAGUAGAUGCUCAAAAAAUCGACCGUCUCCAAGAAUAUCUCGCUUUCUCAACGAACAAUCGUCAAUCGAAAGCUAUUCAAAAUCUUCUCGAAGAUGUUAGAAAGCAUAAAUUAGCUCAUAGUAGUGGUCCCAAGUUUAAAGGAUUCUCCUUUUCAAAAUCUCAAACUACCGUAGCUUCGAAAACUGUUACCGAAACUUCUACACCAAUUGAAAAUACAACAACCGUUUCUCUCCCUGCCGUUUCCGAGAAUGUUAUUGAAGGAUUGACAAAUGAAAAUCGAAGUUUUUCCGGAGAAAAAGGGGAUGACAUCAAUCUAAAAAACAUCGAGAACUGUCGUCUCCAAUUCAAUUUCGAGCCUUCCAUUGUUCAUAUUCGAAACGUCAAAAACAGCACUUUGUUAUUCUUGCGUUGUGAUAGAUCUCUUCUCAUUCAUAACUGUGAUAAUGUACAUAUCUACGUCGCUGCACAACAGGUUCGAAUACACACUUCUCAAAAUCUCCAUUUACAUGUAGCAACACGCGGUGCUGUUAUUCUAGAAGACUCUACAAAAGUUUUCAUGUAUCCAUACAGAUUGAAAUCAGUAUCUGGAGAAUUUCUGGAAACUGAGGACAACAGAGAAUGGCAAACUCCACGUGAUUUUAAUUGGCUUGCGACAACACCCAGUCCUAAUUGGGAAGUUGUUCCAGAAGAAAAAUGGACAGAUGAACAAAUUAUUGCUUGA